UUGGCAUCGCAGCUCCAGCUGGCAGCACCACCUCCCACCAAUUUAUCCACCUUCUGCCAAGGAUCUGAAAUGCCAACUAUGUCAAGGCCUGCACUUGAUGUCAAAGGUGGCACCUCACCUGUGAAGGAGGAUGCCAACCAAGAGCUGAGCUCGCUGGCUUACUCUAACCUGGGCAUGAAAGAUCGCAAAGCAGUGGCCAUUCUGCACUACCCUGGGAUAGCCGCAAAUGGAACCAAGGCCAGUGGUGCUCUCAUUAGUUCCUCAGGAUCUCCAUCUCCAAUAGUCUCUCCUACUGCCACCCCUCCAAGUAAAGCCCCCCCCUUCAACCUGCACCCUGCCCCUCACUUGUUGGCCAGCAUGAAGCUGCAGAAACUUAAUAGCCAGUAUCAUGAGAUGGCUGCCACCACUCCAGGCCCACCUGGGGAGGCAGGGCCCCUGCAAAACUGGGGCCUUGGGGCUCAGGCAGGAGGGGCAGGGUCCCUCUUUCCUCCUGCCAGUGCCCAGAGCCCUGCUAUCAUCGAUUCAGACCCAGUGGAUGAGGAGGUGCUGAUGCCGCUGGUGGUGGAACUGGGACUGGACCAAGCCAAUGAGCUUCCAGAGCUGUGGCUGGGGCAGAAUGAGUUUGACUUCACUGCGGACGUUCCAUCUGGUUGCUGA